AUGAGGACUAUCCCAUCAGCGGAUCGUACGAAGCAAACUAUGAUACCUGAUGUUUCGAUAGACCAAGGCAGCCAAAACAAAACGCCAAUCUGUAAAGAUUCAAAAGCGAAUGUCUCACGUGCGACUUUGUCGUUUGCUGACAAUCACGAGACAUCAGAACGACGUCAAGUCCAAAAUUCCACAGGCAGCGAUGCCCAACAAGCGAGAACUAUGGUUGAGAUGUCUAAGUGCAAGAAAUGGGCCUUAUUGUGGCUUUUCAGUUUUUCUCUAUUUGUAGAUCAAUGGAGUUACAACUCAUUCUUCAUCUUUUCACCACCUAUUUCCGAGGAAUUAUCUAUACCUACACCUCAACAAUCAUGGAUCGUAACUUCCUAUCUGAUCACUUUCGGAUCUACGAUCUUAUUAUUCGGCCGAGUUGCUGAUCUUUUCCCACCUGCAAACGUAUUUUCCUACGGAUUUAUUUCACUUGCUUCAUUGAACUUGAUCAUGUCGUUUUUGCCUGAACUAUAUACCUUUUUCAUAUUUAGGGCUCUAUCAGGUAUUGCAGGAGCAGCUUUGAUCCCUUCCGCUUUCAAAUUGAUUUCCGGCAUAUUCAGACCUGAUGAAUUACGUAGAGCUUUAACUAUAUAUACUUCGGCUGCUCCAAUGGGAGGUGCUUCUGGCGUGAUCCUAGCUGGCGUCGUUCAACUAAUUCCCAACCAAGGCCAAAUGUCAGCCUGGAGAUGGUUCAGUAGAAUCUUAGCUGUCAUCGUCGGUGGUCCAGCGAUCGGAUCUCUGUUCUGGAUUCCCAGAUCGAUAGGAGUAGAGAAAGAGGAAAGCAGGAACGAUGCGAAAGACAAGUUGAAAAAGUUAGAUCUGGGAGGAUCGUUUCUUAUCUUAGCAGCAGUUCUCUUGCUUAUUCUAUCGUUGACUAUGGGAGGGGAUCAUGGAUUCCAAACUGCAUAUUUCAUUGCGCCGUUUCUCAUUUCAAUGACACUGUUCCCAGCAUUCUUCUGGUAUGAAUCAUCACUCCCUGAAGGUUAUCCAUUACUCGCACCAUCAACUUUCAAAAUACCCAAUGUGGCGGUUUUCUUAUUCUUGGGAUUAAUUCUCUUUUCUUGGUGGUCCGUUAAUAAUUUGGCUCUAGUAAACAUUUAUUUAACAUAUCGAGAUGAAAAAGCAAUCAUAGUCGGAGUUAGAUUAUUACCUCAAGCUAUAACUUCAAUAGUCGUAACUUUGAUAUUAUCGAAGUGGUCUUGGUUCACCCAACAUCCAAAGAUCGCUAUAAGUACAGGUUUGAGUUUAGCUAUGGGUGGUUAUGCUUUGAUGUCCCAGUCUGCUUCUCAAGUUGGCAGCGAUUAUUGGAAGUUCGUCUUUCCACCUUUCAUCUUUGGUUCAGGUGGUGCAAUGAUGGUUUAUUCAGCUACAAAUGUUGGAGUAAUGACGACCGUACCUCCCGAAAUCGCAGGCACAAUCGGAGGUCUUCUGCAAGUAUUCUUUCAGGUCGGAGCUUCAUUGGCCUUGGGCAUUCAAGCUGGUUUGAUCACCAUCAAUGCCGGUGCUUUUGGUAACUACAAGAACGUCCAAGCGUCUUUCUAUUUCGAGAUUGGAUGGCUCGGAUUGGGAUUAUUGGUAUUUUUGCUAGGUUACAGGACCGUCAAACCGAACAAGACAGACGUAGAAACAUUGCAGCAUGGUGAAGAAUAG